AUGCAGAAUGUCAUCCAUGCGGGGAUAAAAACAUGCCAAAAAUUAUGGCACCCCAUGUUCAUCGUAUCGGUUGUUGCGCACGUUGACCACGGAAAGACCACCCUCCUCGAUUCAAUGCUGUCCUACGCACGCAUCAUAUCACGGAUGAGUGCUGGUCAGCUGCGCUACCUCGACACGCGAGACGACGAGCAGGAGCGCGGUAUAACGCUCAAACUGUCGUUUUUUCAGGCACAAGACUUCAUUUUCAUCGAUACGCCUGGCCACGUUGACUUUGAAUCGCUGAUAGAGUGCAGUGCGCGGUUGUGUGAUCACUUUAUUUUCAUCGUAGAUGUUAACGAGGGCAUAACACCACGCACACUUUCUCUGCUCACAUUGAUGAGAGGUAAGCAGUGCGUGCUCGUGCUCAACAAAAUUGAUAAGCUGCUUGGUAGCAUUGAGCUGGUGCCCGUAGUGCACAGCAUCGUGCAGAGCAUGAAUGCCUGUUUAAAUGAGCAGUGCUUUGAAUGGAGCAUGAACAACAUCGUGGUGUGCAGUAGCACAGCAUCGUAUGGUGUAAAUUAUGGCAUGUUUGGCAGGAUCAAAGAGAACAGCACGCUAAAAGACGUGUUAAUCUUUUUGUUUCUUAUGAGUGUGGACGAUACAUGUGCACCUAGAGUAUUGCAUAGGAGAGCGAAAUUGAUGGAAAUGCUUGACACUAUAGGAAUAAAUGAACGGGAACUAAGGGACAUUUGUCCUUUAGCGAUUACGCUUUUUGAUUCAUUACGGUCUUUGAGUUAUUCUGGAUUGAUAACAGACGAACCGGAUGAUCACGGUUUAGCAGGAGAACACGGCGAGAAAAGGGAAGAGGAAGAUAGAAAAAUGGGAGAUGACGAAGUCAGGAGUCGAGCAGAGAAAAAGGAGGAAGAUGACCCGAAGGCGAAUAAGGGUAUUACUGGGAACAUAGAAGGGAAAGAGAACAUUGCUAAGAACGUAGAACAGACAACCCAAGGGGGUGUAAACACUCGUAAGGAAUGGAUCAAAGAUAACAAAUAUGCUGAUAAGGAGGAUACGGAGUGCCUGAACGGUGAUGAGAGCGGCGUCUUUACAGCCGAUCACCAUGCAUUUUUAUGCACUAUUCUACCAGCAGAGGCGAUGUGCGCAGUCAUAGGCAUUACUACGUAUGCAAUGGUAUACGAACACACGGUGUUGUUCAUUACACGGCUAUUUACACAUGUGGAGCAGGGCAUGGUGCUGUUCAGCAAUUCACAGGGAACAAGUAAACGGUCCACAAUCACUAAAAUAUACGAGUUUAGCAACAACCGGCUGAUAGAGUCGAAGAGCGCGAAAGCUCCAAACCUGGUGGCCAUACAAAGCGACUUUCUCAGAAACAGCAUUCUUAGUACGUCUGCGCUCGAUGUGCAUGAGAAUGUGCUCAAAACACGGCCAUUCUACAUAAAAAAAAUAAAACCGUGGUCAGACAUGAAAGAGCGUAUAAAACAGCUUUCAUACUGUGAACCGAUACUAAAGGCGAAGAUUAAUAGGUACGGUGAGGUUGAGCUAUUGUGCGAGGGACACAUGCAUUUUGAGAAGAUCGCACACGAUCUGAAAUACGAAUUCGAUGAAAUUAUAUUUUAUGAUUUGAUGUGUGAGGGAUGUGGAGAUGUGAGUACGUAUUGCACGGUUGUAGACGGACUUAGUGUUUGUUUGAUUGUUGGACCGAGUGAGGAACGGGACAAUGAGGUAUGUGUGGAGUACAAGGAAGGAUUAGGUAGUGAUGAGGAUUGUGAUGAAAACGGUGGUAUAAACACGAAUGGUGAAGAGGUAACCACAGCUGGUAGUGAAAAUACGAACGGUGAAGAGGUAACCACAGCUGGUAGUGAAAAUAUGAACGGUGAUACAGGCAUGGACAGUAUGAAUAGGGACACAAGCAGUGGAUACAAAACGUAUAUUGAUCAGAUUCCUCUGAUCGACGCGCUAAACCACAAAUUGCGAAUUAAUGAUGACGAAACGCACCUGUCAAUGGCACAUGCCUUGAAAAGCGAAAUGAAGAACGUAGUCAACGUGUUCACCAAGAAAGGGCCAUUACUGCACGAGAAAGUGUCUUUUACAUCGUUCCGCAUCUGUAUCACCCGUAAGGGUGCUCAUCGCGCCAGAUCCUCCGAUCUUUUCGCCAAGUUUCUAAGGGCCCUUAUCGAUGCGUAUGAAAGCACACUGCCAAUCCCAAUCGUGUUUUACUACCGUUGCAAGCUGCACAUCACCGAGCAAUACGUAGGCAAGUGCUACAAACUGCUCAACAAGUACCAUUUUAAGAUGCUGUCCAACGAGUACGACGAGACCAACUGCUUCUUCAUCAUUAAGUUUCACAUCCGCAGGUACUUAUACAACGAUUUUAACGAUGAGUUGAAGAGCAUGACCAAAGGAACAUUUUACGUGCAUACGUGGGAGGAAGGAUACGUAAGGUAUGUGGAUGACUGGGAAAGUGUUGUUGUGGAUGAAAGAAGAAGAAAGGGUAUUUGUGCAGAAGAGGUUAUUGUAAGUGAGCCUGAGAAACAAAGGACUCUGAAGAAGUAG